AAAUGUGAACCGAAGGUAAAGAAACGACUUGACACGUUAGGUAAACGCGACGUAGGAUGGACUAACACUCUUUGAAGAUGCAGCUUUUCUUUUUUAGACACAACUUAAUUUAAUUGUCUUACUGUCUCCUGUGAUCCAGUACAGCUCGCUAAGCAAGUUCAAUGUCAAGCCAGACUAUCUGUACACGAAGUUGUGACUUUACUUCAGUCAGUCAGAUUUUACUGAUCAUGGGCAGCUCAAGUACAGUAACUUAUUAUGCGUAUUUGUUUUGCAGAGAAUAACACGCGAUCCGUUAUUAAAGUCAGGCAACAUUCGGGAAAUGUAAUGACAUAAUGGCCAGAAAGAUUAAUGGUGCUGAGAUUGCAUCCUAUUGAUAAAUGGGUGAAGAAUUGUCAUAAUAGUGCUGUCUGGCAUUUUAUCUCCAGUAUAUGUUUACAGCAGAGAAAAAGAUCGGCGCAGUUAUGGGAAGCCUUGUAUAGCAGUUGCUUAUAAAUACAUUAUAUCUAAAUCUAAGCAUACAGUAUGAGGGAUGUUCUGUUUUUAUUUGCUAUCUCCUCAAUGUAUCAUAACUCCAAUCACAGUGUUUUAUUCCUUUUUGCUGUUCUCAAUGGCUCUUAGAACAAGGUGUGAGACGGUAAAUCAAGAUGACCACCUGUCGUGUUCCACUAUAUUUGUUAGCCUGUGGCUCUUUUAAUCCAAUCACCAAUCAGCACAUGAGGCUGUUUGAGCUGGCCAGAGACCACAUGCACAGCACAGGCCAGUACCAGGUGGUGGGUGGCAUCGUGUCUCCAGUGAGUGACGGCUAUGGAAAGCAAGGCCUGGUGCAGGCUCAGCAUCGCAUUGCUAUGGCAAAGCUGGCACUCCAGAGCUCCAACUGGGUCACAGUUGAUGAAUGGGAGAGCCAACAGCCAGACUGGACGGAGACAGUGGUCACAAUGAGGCAUCAUUAUGAGCAAAUUCUGAAACGGGAGCAGAGCACUGGAACACACAGGGGCUCCAUUGGAAACACCACUUCCAUCUCAACUUUAUCUCCACAGCUGAAACUAUUGUGUGGAGCUGACUUUUUGGACACCUUCAAGACCCCGGGCCUGUGGCUACACGGUCACGUGGAAGAGUUGGUCAGCCAUUUCGGCCUUGUCUGUGUCACCCGAGGGAGUCUGCAGCCCGAGCGCGCCAUACAUGAAUCAGACAUGUUGUACCGCCACAGAAAAAAUAUCUUCCUAGUCAGGGAAUGGGUAAGGAAUGACACGAGUGCCACAGAGGUCCGGCGCGCGCUGAGACGGGGUCUGAGUGUGAAAUACUUGAUCCCAGAUUCUGUGAUCAAAUAUAUUCACCAGCAUAACCUCUACACUGAGCAUACCACCUACCGCAGACCACUCCGUCCACUGGAAGUACGGAAACCAGCAGACACAGCCAACAUGCCUGUUAACCUGACCGGAUACUGGAAGAUGAUUUCCAACGAUAACUUCGAGGAGUACCUGAAGGCUCUCGAUGUAAAUGUUGCCAUCAGGAAAAUUGCCACCUUGCUGAAACCUGACAAGGACAUCGUUCACGAUGGAGACCACAUCAUCAUCAAGACUCUCAGUACCUUCAAAAACUACAAUAUGGACUUUCAUGUGGGCAAAGAGUUCGAGGAGGACCUGAGUGGAGUGGAUGACAGAAAAUGCAUGACCACCAUCACCUGGGAUGGAGACAGGCUGGUGUGUGUUCAAAAGGGCGAGAUUGAAGGAAGAGGCUGGACCCACUGGGUGGAGGGAGAUGAGCUUCAUCUGGAGCUGAGAGCCGCAGGAGCUGUUAGCAAGCAAGUAUUCAAGAAGUCCUAAACCAACUCUUAUGAAGCAAGACAAAUCUUCUAGCCGCAGACAUUGGCUCAGAGAGACACAUCAGAUAAAACUAAUCCCAUCCUAUUCAGCCUCCCCAAGUGUACAUUUUGUGUUCCUACCAAACACAAACUGCACAUUCCAUAUAUACCGUUAAUUUUAGUGAAUGAGCAAGUAAGCUUGUAACAUCUAUCAUAUACAAAGCUGUAUUUGUGUCUCAGGGCAAGUGCUGUGAUUAGCAACUUUAUACUUGCUGCAUACUUGCAUACUGCUAGUUGUAGCUGAUCUCUUGAUGAGUCAGACUUAUCAAUCAACACACAGAUAAGAUCCUGUCAUUGGUCAUGGAUGAAGUAAAGAGAACUGUAAUGCAGGAAAUUUGUUCUGUAUGUUGUGAAUGGAAAGCAAUGAAUGCUAUACAGUUUUCAGAUAGAGGUCCUCAAUCUCCAAAAUGAAUGUCAAGAGUAGAUGUGAAUUGAUCCCUUCUGAACCCCGUGGGACUGCGCUUCUGACUGUGAGAUGAUUCCAUCAAUAAAUGCAGCAGGUGAAUGAAACAUUGCUGUUGUUUGUCUUUUCUGUGUUGGUGAACCCUCCAAUGCAUCUUCAUUUUAUUGAUAUGGCAUUGAAAUGAACAGCUGUCUCCACCAAUCCAGUGAUAGGGGUGUGUAGACCACAACUUGUGAAUGAAACAGACAGCUCAACCCACAAUAUUGUCUGCAUCACUACUCCUAAUUAGGAAAGCCUUUGUCCAACUCACUUGCUCAUUCUUUGCUGCUGCUGGCUCUUCUGUUGUCCAUCCUGCUGCUUCCUGUGCAUUCACACCCAGCCACCCCCACAGUGUCAACCUGCAGGCUCUGAUUAUUUAUGAUUCCCAGACGAGUGUUAUCGAUUUCUUCUUGCUUUUGCUUUUGGCUGCUAAUAAAUGAUGGUUAGUGGUCCAACAGAGUCUGCUGCUCAAGAAUUGCAUUUACAUCUAUACUUAAUAAGAAUGAAUGAAUAUAUCUGAAUAUACAUGUGUGAGUCUGCCCCUCCUCUGCUCUUAUAUUUUAUGUUGGAUACUCAACUUCUUCCCAUUCUUCUGUUAAAGGUUGCGGAGUUCCACUUUGUUUAUCUUAAAGCUGAGUUGAAGCAUAUUUGUCUCAUUAAGAUCUAAGCAUACAUAAAUCAUAGCUCAUAUCAAUUGAUUUAAUAAGCCACUAUAUUUCAUUAGCUCAAAAGCAGGCAUGUAGAAAUUACACAGUGUAGAACAUCAUCUCAUGUUCAGAUAUAGUACAAAUACAACAAAACAAAAAAAGCUGCAAAGCUACAGUCAAAUCCAGUCCCAAAAGAACAAACUACCAAUGGGUCACAAAGGUUUUUCUUUUGUCUUAACAGCUCACAGCUCAAUAUGAUACAUAUUAGAGAGGAGUUUGUAUGUUCACUGAUGACUGGAAAAUAUCUGGGUUUACCUCACAUACCCUCACUAUACUGCUGUCUGUCUCCAUUUCUCUGGGGAUAACAUUUGCAUGUUAUUUUUGUGUUGUUGUUUUUUUUACCAUAGUAAAUUUGGCCCCUACUGAACCCAAAAUAUUUAUGUCAUGUGUAGUUUUUUUGUUAAAAAUCUCUGCCAAUUGUCCAAUAAUUUUGUGCAGUGUGCCUUGUAGCCCAUAUACUUUCAUAUCCUUAUAUAAACAGGCUGAACUAUAGUAACUUUUGUGAUCAAAGUUCAGGUACUUGGUUCUGGCGAUUUGUGUUAACAGCUGAAAAUAAAUCAAAUAAAGAUAAUGUUCUCAUUGGUACUCGUAC